GUUCCAGGCCAGGUUGGAUGGGGCUUGGAGCCCCUGAUCCAGUGGGAGGUGUCCCUGCCCAUGGCAGGGGUGGCACUGGAUGGGCUUUGAGGUUCCUUCCAACCCAAACGUUCUGUGACUCUAUGACUGCAGAGCAAAGUAGCAGUUUGAUGAGAAUUGCUGUGUGCAGGCAUGGAAAAAUUAAGCAGAUUUCUUUACUUGCCAAGCCUAAUUCAUAGCUCUGCUGUGAGCACAGCACAUACCGAGGGCCCUGGUGAUCUGCUAGAGCAGAUUUAUGUAACCUGCACCUAAACCACGGGUCAUGUGGCUGCCUUUCCGGUCUCCUACUUUUUGAUUACUCGGUGCGGUGAGCGUAUUUUAGUUUCCUCAGUUGUGCCGCAGUGUUUAGCAAAACCGUUUUAAAUGCCCUUCCGCCACCAUGGCUCUAAGAAGGCUCAUUCAGCAGAACCAGAACUCCAGCUUCGCGGGCUUUGGUGAUGGUGGGAAGCAGGCUCUGCCGAUGGACAGCAGGAGGAUCCAGCACCUGGCCAACACCGUGGGGACGCUGCCCCGUGGGCACAAGCAGCUUGCCUUAACCAGAUCCAGCUCCUUGGGUGACUUCUCCAGGCCACAAAGACACCUCGUUGCUAUAUUGAAAGAAGAUAAAGAGACAUUCGGGUUUGAAAUUCAGACUAUCAGGUUUCCACACCAAGAUGAUCGCUCCCUGGAGGUGUGCACCUGCGUCUGCAAAAUUCAAGAAGAAAGUCCUGCCCAUCUUUCUGGCCUUCAAAUUGGCGAUAUCCUUGCAGGAGUCAAUGGGGUGAACACUGAUGGUUUUAGUCACAAGCAAAUAGUAGACCUGAUAAAGUCUUCUGGGAACUAUUUAAGGUUAGAGACUGUCAACGGGGCCAUGUUUCUGCGGAAAAUGGAGCUGGAGACCAAGCUGCAGUUGCUGAAGCAAACCCUGCAGCAGAGAUGGGUGGAGCUGCGCUCGCUGCUCUUGCAGGAACAGCGCUUGCUGCACGGGAAGGUGAAUGACAGCACCCUGCUGGAUGCACUGGAGCUGGAAGAGUCCAGCUUGCUCGGUGGCUGCAGCACGCCAGGACCCCUCUUUCUGACGAAACCUCACUUGUCCAGCGAGAGCAGCUCUCACAGCUGGCCAAGCUCGAUGACUCUGGACAGUGAGGACAGCUUCUACCAGACCAGUGCCUUUGAGGAUUCAGCAGCAGAGAGCCUGAGCCGCCAGUCAAGCAUGGAUGAUGAUUGCUUCUUCCCCACGGAUGGGGAUGGCGCUGCCAGGAGGUCCUCCCUGCGGAGGAACCGCAGCAUCAGCCUGGCCAGCAGUGGCUCCUUGUCCCCGCUCUGGGAAGGAAGCAGCUGCACCAGUAGCUUUGGGACCCUCCCACGGAAAAGCAGAAGAGCCAGUGUUCGAAAGCAACUUUUGAAAUUCAUUCCAGGCCUUCAUCGGGCAGUGGAAGAGGAAGAAAGUCGAGUCUGACGUUGCACGUGUUCUCCUUGACGUCUGGGCUCUGCACGUAGGACCAUGGUAUGGGCUGGGACCGAGGGCAGAGGCUCACCCAGCAGCAUGUGGUGGGUGGAACGUGGUGGCACCACAUUACUUCUCUUCUUGCACAAACCCACAAAAGGGCUGAUGGUAUUUAAUAUGCUCUGGGAUUCUUAAUUAUUUUAAUUUUUAAUCAGAGUACACUGUGGACCUCUUCCUUAGAAUGAAAAAUGACUGUCUCUGAGGUGUGAAGAGCCUGUGCAGAACUUCCUCAGCACACUUCAGCGUUAACAGUUUUUAAUUACAUGCAAAAUCGAUAGCUAUUUAUUUCCUGUUACUGAAGUCGGAGCCUUCCAAAGAUCUUUAAUAAAGCAAGUGCUUCUACUAAAACCAGCGACAGAAUCCUGUUAGAAGGUGGACGGAGUCUGGAGCAUAUGACAGAAAGAGACCCCGAGCAGCACCGCUUUGAAACGAAGGGCAGGGGAUCGCCUGUGGUUUGCGGUGGGUGGUGUGCGAUGGUGAGCUGGGCUGCCCACCUCCCCUCCACGUCGGUGGCCUUCGGGACCAGGUGAUUGCCUGACACGGUUGCUACUUGAGGAUGUGUGUGUCCGAAAAAGAAAGGGUGGACUCCACAAUCCGCUUCCCAGUCUCCAAAGCAGGGAUGAAUGCCCCUGGUCAGCCACACCGGCAGCAUCGUUAGACAGAUUAGCAAAGCAGGCAGUGGUUGCCGUCACUUUCACCUCUCCCAGCAGCCAUCGUGCGAACCCUGCAAUAACCUGGCUUAUCAGCAGUGAUCUGACCAGCUGCACUCUGCCAUAAAAUCCUGGAACGGUUUGGGUUGGAAGGGAGCUCAAAGCCCAUCCAGUCCCACCCCUGCCAUGGGCAGGGACACCUCCCACUGGCUCAGGGGCUCCAAGCCCCAUCCAACCUGGCCUGGAACCCCUCCAGGGAUGGGGCAGCCCCCACUGCUCUGGGCACCCUGGGCCAGUGUCCUGUCAAACUUGUCUUAUGCCAGAGGAUGUGGAGUAGAAAGGACCCUGCUGAGCAACCCCCACCCUGUGCUCUUCUGCUGUGCAGUGUGUGGGAAUCAGUUGUCCGUGUGGUCGCCGUCCUGUGCCUGGAGCAGGGUGUGCCGGCCACCGCGCACCCAUGUCAGCCCCCGCUGCAAGUGCAGGAGAGCGCAGGGGAGAGGUCGUUGGCAGUGCUUUGGGAGACAGGAGCUUGCUUUUACUGUGGAAAGACUGACUGAGCCUGGACACCCAACGGGCGUUAGAUAG